AUGAAACCGGCCAUUCUGGUGACUGGUGGUGCUGGUUACGUGGGAUCCCACACGGUGGCCGCCCUCCUCGAGAGAGCGGACGCGGCCGACACCGAGAUCGUGGUGGUGGACAACCUUAGCAACGCGUACAGGGCCGAAGGUCAGAAGAUGCCCGAACCCCUCAGGAUAAUAGAAGAGCUCACCGGCGGCAGGAUACACUUUUACGACGCGGACAUCAGAGACGCGGCCGCCCUGUCCAGAAUUUUCGAGAACCACAACGUGGACUGCGUCAUCCAUUUCGCGGCGCUGAAGGCAGUGGGCGAGUCCGUGCAGAAACCACUCGAAUACUACCAGGCGAACAUAAACGGAACGUGCACCCUUUUCGACGUGAUGCGCAAAUUCGGCGUCUACAAGCUCGUGUACAGUUCCUCGUGCACGGUGUACGGGGAGCCGCAGAGGCUGCCCCUCAACGAGGGGCACCCCACGGGCCAGGGCCUGACCAGCCCCUACGGCAGGUCCAAGUACUUCUGCGAGGAGAUCAUGAAGGACAUCUGCACGAGCGACAAGAAAUGGAUGGUGAUCUCGCUUCGCUACUUCAACCCGGUGGGCGCCCACCACAGCGGCCGCAUCGGGGAGGACCCCGCUGGCGUCCCCAACAACCUGAUGCCCUUCGUGGCGCAGGUGGCAGUCGGGCGGCUGAAGGAGUUGCUGGUGUUUGGAAACGACUACCCCACUUCUGAUGGAACGGGGGUGAGGGACUACAUCCACGUGGAGGACCUGGCGCAGGGGCACGUGAAGGCCAUCAAGCUGUUCCGGCAGCCCGGCUUCGGCGGAUUCCACGCUGUCAAUCUGGGCACCGGCACCGGCUACUCGGUGCUACAAAUGGUGAGGGCCUUCGAAGUGGCUAGCGGCCGCCAGAUCCCGUACAAGAUCGUCGGCAGGCGCGAGGGCGACAUCGCCGCCAACUACGCGGACGUCUCGCUCUCGCACAGGCUGCUGGGCUGGCGUGCGACAAGGACGCUAGAGGACAUGUGCGCCGACACGUGGCGCUGGCAGAGUAAUAACCCCGACGGCUUCAAAUGCAGCAAC